UCUAAGGUAAUACCCCAUACUCGCAAUCAAUGCUCUGAUUCGGUUCGUCAGUUCAUCGAUGCGACGACGGUUCGUUUGAAGUCGGUUUGUGGACGAACCAUCAAGAUAAAUAUCACGAAUACAAUGAACUAAUUUCCAAACGAACUAUAUAGAAUCGCAUGGACGAACCGCGUCGCAUCGAACUAUGCGUGCGUGGAUGAAUCAAAUCGACGCAUCAGCUCUUAUAAGAAAGAAUUCUCUAAGCUUUGAUAAACCGGAGAAGAAUAAAGCCAUAAAAUCCAAUCCAGUUGCAGAAGACAAUAAGCAAGAAUUAACUAAAACAAAAAAUGAAGAAACCAAAUUAAAAAAAGAAAACGAAGUGACUAGUGGAAUUCAAAAGGAACCAAAAUAUUUAUGCCCCUCAAAAAAAUCUCCUAAACCACUGUUUUCGCUUUCACUUCCCUGCAGUACUACAGAAAAUUGUGGAUUCUUAGGUCAUGACAUGCUAUGUUGUGAAAACAGAUGUGUAAAAGGAAUUAAACCGCCCAAAACUGAAAUAAAACACGAACCAUUACUAUUUGGUAUUAUUGAAAGAAAAUGUCCAAAAGAUCCCUUAGCAGAAUUAUCAGAUGUUCAUGAAUGUUUUUCUGAUGAGGAAUGUUCCCCUCGAAUAUGCUGUAGUGAAACACUAGAAAAUGGAGAGAAAGCAAGAUAUUGUCGCACUCCUAUACCCGUUUGGGAAUCUCUGCCAUUGCCAUCACCUGUCUUAGAACCCCUAAAGACAAUAACCGGUUAUAUGCAGUGUACACCUCCACCACCACCAUAUCUGGAUCUUCACCCUAAACCAUGCGAGAACCCUCUGGACUGUUUUCCUAACUUGUGUUGCCAGGAACAAGGCAAGAAGUAUUGUAGACCUCCAAGAAAGUCGCUUUUAGCAUUAGUUGCUGAUUUGGGACAGAAAAUAAUUCCAGAGGAAACAGCAAGAAAAUUCAUAGAAAGAAUAUCCUAAUAAUUAGGGUGGAGAUUUAAAAAAAAAUACAUAUAGAUUAAAUACCAUAAUGUGAUGCCAUUAUGUAAAUAAUAUUAUAUUUAUUUAAAAUA